AGUAAACUGAGAACCCAACUCUGAGAAAUUGGGGGUGGCUUGUGUUGGGUCAGGCAGGCCUGUGAUUGGACUGCAGCUUCUAUUAGAGGGAGGGGGGAAAGCAAAAGUUAAAAGGAAACAGCUGGGGGAGGGGUAUGGGGACAAGCUCUCCCCACCCCCACCCCAACACACACACACACACACACACACACACACACACCACACGCAACACACACAUACACACACACUGGAAGCCUGGGGACAGCCUGAAGCCAUGAGCCUAAGGGAACGUGUGUGUCAGGGGUGAGGGCAAAAGAUUGAUGCUGAGUCCAAGGAGCUCUCUCCUAAGACAGCCGACAAGGCCUGUAGGGACUGACUUGCCAACAGCUGGACUUGAUCACCAGCUCGCAAACUGAGAUCAUGCAUCGGCUUCGGGUGGAAUAACAAGCAGAUUUUGCUCUCCGGCUGUGGCUGUGCAAGACGGUCUUUGCAAAGGAUUUUCCACAGCAGUGGGUAGAAAGCAGGAGACCACCACCAGGACCUUUGAGUCUUCUUUGAGAACCACGGCAGAAGAGAUUCCAACCCUGGUGGUUUGCAGGAUAAUGGUGGAUCUCCGGAGAGCUUCCGCUUUGCUGGUUCCGCUCCUGGCAGUUUUUCUGCCCCCGCCACAGUGUGCCCAGGACCCGGGCAUGGUGCACUACAUCUAUCAGCGCUUUCAAGUCUUAGAGCAAGGGCUGGAAAAAUGUACCCGAGCAACAAGGGCAUACCUUCAAGACUUCCAAGAUUUCUCAAGAAACAUAUCUACUGUGCUGGGAAGAUGUCUGAGCUACACGAGCGAGUAUAAGAGAGCAGUAAAUAACCUGGCACUGCGAGUCGAACGCGCCCAACGGGAGAUUGACUACCUGGAAUACCUUCGAGAAGCUGACCUGUGUCCAGAACCAGACGACAAAAGCAUGGCAGAAAAGCUACUCCUCGAAGCUGAAGAAGAGAAAAAGAUCCGGACUCUGCUGAAUGCAAGCUGCGACAACAUGCUGAUGGGAAUAAAGUCUCUGAAAAUAGUGAAGAAGACUAUGGACACAGAUGGCUCUUGGAUGAAAGAUGCUGCCAGCGCCUCUCCAAAGGUGUAUUUCUUAAUUGGAUCCAGAAACAACACGGUUUGGGAAUUUGCAAACUUGCGGGCGUUUAUGGAGGAUAGCACCAAGCUAGCCGGCCGGAAGCUAAUCCUAACAGUUUCCUGGCAGGGAACAGGCCAAGUCAUCUACAAAGGUUUUCUAUUUUUUCACAACCAAGGGACUUCUAGUGAGAUCAUCAAAUAUAAUCUGCAGAAGAGAACCGUGGAAGACCGCAUGCUGCUCCCAGGAGGAGCAGGCCGAGCCCUGGCCUACCAGCACUCUUCAACCUACAUUGACCUGGCUGUGGAUGAACAUGGGCUCUGGGCCAUCCACUCAGGGCCAGACUCCCACAGCCAUUUGGUUCUCACGAAAAUUGAGCCUGACACACUGGGCGUGGAGCACUCGUGGGACACUCCAUGCAGAAGCCAGGAUGCUGAAGCCUCGUUCCUCUUGUGUGGGGUUCUUUACGUGGUUUACAAUACUGGUGGUCAGGACCUUCACCGCAUCACCUGUGUCUAUGAUCCGCUGGGUACUAUCAAUGAGAAUGACCUGCCCAACUUAUUCUUCCCUAAGAGGCCAAGAAGUCACUCCAUGAUUCAUUACAACCCCAGAGAUAAGCAGCUCUAUGCCUGGAAUGAAGGAAACCAGAUCAUUUACAAACUCCAGACAAAGAGAAAGCUGCCCGUGGAGUGAUACAUCACAGGCAGGAGAGAUAGCUCCGUGAUUGGACAGCUGCUCUCCGGGACACUGAGGCCUCAGCUCUUUCACAGUCUAGUAUCCCGGUAAUCACUCCCAGGGACAGGGUCUAGACAUGGCAAUAGAUAUGCACCCUUUCGCCGAGGUCAUUGCCUUUGAUAUUGUUCAAGAGCUUAGAUAAGAGUCCAUCGGUUGGAAGUUUGCAACAUCUAUUAGUCCUCCAAACCUCGGCUCUCCAGGACUACCACAGAUCCAGCUGACUUCCAGCCUUUCGCUGCUCCCAGCAUUUCCUGACUCUCCUCUCUUUCCCCCCCAAAUCGGAAUCAUAUACCACCCUCUAACACUCUCUAAACUUCCUCUCCUCCUUUGUUUAAGCUCUCCCUCAUUUCUCGGGUGCCUGGUAAUAUUAUUUUUUCAUUUUCAUAGCCCAACAAAAGUCCUACUUCACAUUAAUGUUUAAUCUCUAUUUUCUUUGGAUCUUCCAUCAAACUAGGCAGAUGUAAUAAAAGAGCAAAGACAUACACAUUUGAAUCCCACUCCCCAGUUACAAAGUGUUUUCCUAUCAUUGAAUUCUCCUCUGCCCUCCCAGAUAGCACUGCAAAUCUUUCCUGUCUCCGUGCUGGAGAUGAGGAGCGUUUAGGUGAGUCAUCCACAGUAACACAAGUCCAGAGUGAAAGCUGGAGCUGGCAAAUAACCAUCAUGUUUUUCAUGGCCCAAGAGUCAAAUAUGUACGUUUGUUCACCCAGCCUUUAUAGUCAGUGUGUUCAUCAUUUUUGCCUAAAAACUAAUCAUCUCCCUCUUUAGUCAGUUUUCAUGUCUGCACAAGACCUUCCUCCAGGCUUUCAAAAGCUGCUUCCUCCAGAAAACCAGCCUAAAGUUGGAACCCACCUCAGGCCUCACCUUGUCUUCCUGUCCUCUGCUUCUCUCUUCUUGCUUUGAGUACAAUAAAAGUGACACUAUGCAAAUAA